CUUGAUCAAAUCCUUGAACGUGAACAGUUUCACUGAAAAGCACUUUUGAAAAAAAAAUUAUCCAGCAACAGUAAGGAACAGAAUCCAACUACCGGGGAGAGUUUUUUUUCCUUUUCCCCCCCUUCUUUCCUUUUUUUUUUUUUUUUUUUUUUUUCCUGGUCAUCGUCUCAGAGGCUGAGAAAGAGUCAAGAGAAAAGCGAAGAAGAGAAAGAAGAAGAGCCAGAGAAAGAGGCGCCUUUUGCAAAUAAUAAAUAUUAUAAUUAGAAUCCGGCCCCUUUCUUCCUAAAAAAAAAAAAAAAAGCCCUAAACGCAGCGCCUCAUCCCCCCUCCCUCUGCAAGCCCCCCGACUCGCUCCGCAAAGGCAUGGAGAAGGGGACCAACUGCUUUCCGACCUGCCACACCAUUUUUCUCGCCUGGACAUGGUUCUUACUUCUCUCUUGGUGUUGCACCGGCGCCGAAAUAACUUGCAGAUCCUGCUCAUCUCCAUCGCCCUCCUGGCCGUCCUCCUCGUCUCGCCUUAGGCAGGAGCAGCGACCGCCGCCGCCGCCGCGAGGAUUACGGAGCUGGCCGAGCGGCCGGGCGCGGGGCUCACUCGGGGCGGCGGCCGCCGCGGAGCCGGUGCCGGUGCCGGGCGCGGAGCCGGGGGGCCAAGCGGGGCCGCGGGGAGCGGCGCUCGGCGCGGCGGGGGCGGGAGGCGGCGCGCCCGGGAGCCGGGGCCCGGCGGCGCCGCGGACCCGCCGGAGCACCGAGGGGCGCCGGGCGCUGCCGGCCGGCGGCGUCCGGGGAGUGCCCGCGGCCGAGGGGCAGCGCGGCGGUCGCGCUCAGCCCCGCGGGCCCCCGGAGGAUGGGAGAGCGGCGCGGCCGCGAGGGGCCGAGGAGCCGAGGCUGAGCAGCACCACCUUCGCGCUCACCGGGGAUGCGGCGCACAACCAAGCCAUGGUGCACUGGUCCGGACACAACAGCAGCGUGAUUCUCAUUCUGACCAAGCUCUACGACUUCAACCUGGGGAGUGUUACGGAGAGCUCACUGUGGAGGUCAACAGACUAUGGCACUACCUAUGAAAAGCUAAAUGACAAAGUAGGCCUGAAGACUGUGCUGAGCUACCUAUAUGUCAGUCCCACUAACAAGAGGAAGAUCAUGCUUCUUAGUGAUCCAGAGGUUGAGAGCAGCAUCCUCAUCAGCUCUGAUGAAGGAGCUACUUAUCAGAAGUAUCGUUUGAACUUCUAUAUCCAGAGCUUGCUCUUCCACCCCAAGCAGGAGGAGUGGAUCUUGGCCUACAGUCUGGAUCAAAAGCUGUACAGCUCCAUGGACUUUGGAAGAAAAUGGCAGCUCAUGCACGAGCGAGUCACACCAAACAGGUUUUACUGGUCAGUGGCUGGUUUGGAUAAAGAACCUGACCUUGUGCACAUGGAAGCCCGGACAGCUGAUGGACACACCCACUAUUUGACCUGUCGGAUCCAGGAGUGCUCCGAGACCAAGAGGAGCGGGCCCUUCUCGCGCUCCAUCGACGUCAGCUCCCUGGUUGUUCAGGAUGAGUACAUCUUCAUCCAGGUGACAACUGGUGGAAGAGCAACUUACUAUGUGUCAUACAGACGGGAACCCUUUGCACAGAUCAAAUUACCCAAAUACUCCCUUCCUAAGGACAUGCACAUUAUCAGCACAGAUGAGAAUCAGGUGUUUGCAGCUGUUCAGGAGUGGAACCAGAAUGACACCUAUAACCUGUACAUCUCGGACACCCGAGGGGUCUACUUCACCCUGGCCUUGGAAAAUGUGAAAAGCAGCCGAGGACUGGAGGGGAAUAUUGUCAUUGACCUUUAUGAGGUAGCAGGGAUCAAAGGCAUAUUCCUGGCUAACAGGAAGGUGGAUGACCAGAUCAAGACUUUCAUUACCUACAACAAAGGCAGAGACUGGCGUUUGCUACAGGCACCAGACACUGAUCUAAGAGGGGAUCCUGUACUUUGCCAGCUGCCCUUCUGCUCACUGCACUUGCGCCUGCAGCUCUCAGAGAACCCGUACACUUCAGGGAGCAUUUCCAGCAAAGAGACAGCUCCUGGGCUGCUGGUGGCCACAGGCAAUAUUGGCUCUGAACUCUCCUACACAGAGGUUGGCGUGUUCAUCUCUUCUGAUGGUGGCAAUUCCUGGAGACAGAUCUUUGAGGAGGAGUACAACGUUUGGUUUCUGGACUGGGGAGGGGCACUAGUGGCCAUGAAACACACGUCAGUGCCCAUCCGGCACAUGUGGGUGAGUUUUGAUGAAGGAAGAUCCUGGACUAAAUACAGUUUCACAUCAACACCACUUUUUGUGGAUGGAUCCCUUGUAGACCCUGGCAUAGAGACCCAGAUAGUGACAGUUUUUGGGCACUUCAGCCUUCGUUCUGAGUGGCAGCUGGUCAAGGUGGAUUACAAAUCUCUCUUCAGCCGCAGGUGUACCAAGGAUGACUACCAGACCUGGCACCUGCACAACCAGGGGGAGCCUUGUGUCAUGGGGGAGAGGAAGAUCUAUAAAAAACGCAAGCCUGGAGUCCAGUGUUCCCUAGGUCGGGACUAUUCCCAAACUGUGGUGUCUGAACCGUGUGUCUGUGGCCAAGGAGACUUUGAGUGUGACUAUGGAUAUGAGAGGCACAGCAACAACCAGUGCAUCCCAGCAUUCUGGUUCAGCCCAUCUUCCCUGUCCAAGGAUUGCAACGUUGGUCAGAACUACUGGAACAGCACUGGGUACCGCAGGAUUGUGUCUAACAACUGCACAGAUGGCUUGAGAGAGAAAUACAUGGCCAAGAUGGAGAAAUGCCCUGGGAAAGCACCUCGGGGAUUGCACAUCCUCACCUCUGAUGGGAAGCUGGUCAUGGAGCAGGGGCACAACGCCACCUUCAUCAUCCUCAUGGAAGAGGGUGAUCUCCAAAGGACAAACAUCCAGCUUGAUUUUGGAGAUGGCAUUGCAGUGUCCUAUGCCAAUUUCAGCCCCGUGGAGGACGGCAUCCGGCACGUGUACAAGAGUGCUGGAAUCUUCCAGGUGACGGCGUUUGCAGAGAACAGCCUCGGCUCAGACACUGCUGUCCUGUUCCUGCACGUGGUCUGUCCAGUGGAGCACGUCCAUCUGAGUGUUCCCUUUGUUGCCAUCAGAAAUAAGGAUGUCAACAUUACUGCAGUAGUUUGGCCCAGCCAGGCAGGCACACUUACCUACUUCUGGUGGUUUGGCAACAGCACCAAGCCCCUCAUCACCUUGGAGAGUAGCAUCUCGUACACGUUCACUGUGGAGGGGAUGAACACGGUCACCGUGCAGGUUGCUGGGGGCAGCAGCCUCAUCCAGGACACCAAGGAGAUCGCAGUGCAUGAGUACUUCCAAUCUCAGCUCCUGUCAUUUUCUCCCAACUUGGAUUACCAUAACCCUGACAUCCCUGAAUGGAGACAAGAUGUUGGCAAAGUCAUCAAGAGAGCAUUAGCACAGGUGACUGGUAUUCCUGAUGAACAGAUCCUGGUAGCUCUGUUCCCUGGGCUGCCUACUUCUGCUGAACUCUUCAUACUGCCCCACAAAAACGCAACAGAGAGGAGGAAAAGCAGUGAGGCUGAUCUGGAGCAAGUGGUGGAAAUCCUUUUUAAUGCUCUCAACCAGAACCUGGUCCAGUUUGAACUGAAGCCUGGAGUUGAAGUGGUUGUGUAUGUCACUCAGUUAACAUUAGCACCACUUGUGGAUUCCAGCUCGGGGCACAGCAGUUCAGCGAUGCUGAUGUUAUUGUCAGUGGUCUUUGUGGGCUUGGCUGUUUUUUUAAUCUACAAAUUCAAGAGGAAAAUCCCUUGGAUUAACAUCUAUGCCCAAGUUCAGCAUGACAAGGAGCAGGAAAUGAUUGGCUCUGUCAGCCAAAGUGAAAAUGCCCCCAAAAUCACCCUGAGUGAGUUCACAGACCCUGAGGAGCUGAUGGACAAAGAGCUGGACACACGAGUGAUGGGAAGCAUCUCAACAAUUGCCAACAGUGAAAGCACAAAGGAAAUCCCCAACUGCACUAGUGUUUAAUACUGAGAAUCCACUUGGUCUACAGCAUUUCUGAAUUUUUAUUUGUAAUUAUUAUUGUUAUAAUUAUUAUUAUUAUUAUGAAAAAAGAAAGAGUUAUAUGUCAUUAUUAUCAUUUGGGAGGGAAUGGGGUGGGCUUUUUGUGUUUACCAGGGCUGCAUUCAUAAAUAGCAGAGGUUCUUCAUAUUUAGGGAAUACACAUCAGAUUAGAAAUAAAAAGCAAAGAAUGAGUCAAGUGUGCAAUGAGAUUUGAAUGCCAGCUUCCUGUUACAUACAGAAUGGGAAUUAAGUAUUCAAAUCCAACAGAUAAUUGUCGUACCUUAGGCAACAUGUUGUAAGUAAAUUGUCCCUUUUCAGCCUUUUCAGAAUAAGUCAUGAAUCAGCUGCUUCAUCCUGCCAGAGGGUACAGACUGGGUUGUUGGACCAGACUCUGCAACAUGCCAACAUCCCUCGCUUCCCAGUGACAUGCAUGUCUCAGCUUUUUGCAGGAUCUUGCCUCUUUUAAUUGCUUUUAAUUUCAGUUACCCUCUGGCACCGGUGACUGCUGAGAAAGGAAAAGACCAAAUCAGAGCAAGCCCACACGUCAGUGCUCCUUGGACCAUGAACUGGCUGGAGGGGACAGCACCACAAGCAGAGGAGGAGCGAGCCUGAGUUUAUGAAUGCAGCCCGACCCCUGUGCAUGUGAAUAGCAAGGAUGCCGAAGGCCUACUGUAGAUAAUUACAAUGUACAUAGCUUUUUAUUUCUUGGGAAAUAAUUUAAUGUUUAGUAAAAGAAGAUAUGUUUAAAAGAAAACCUGAACCACACACACACACAUGCACGCCCACGUGCACACACACACCACGUACAGCCAAACAGGGACCCUGGUGAGCACUUGAGUCACACUUUGGUUCCAAGUGUGUUCCAGUUGUCUGUCAUAUUUCAAUCUGACACUGCUCUCUAUAAAGAGAGUAGUUUAUUUCUCUAUGUAUAACUGCAAGCCUUUUUUUACAUAUAUGUAUAUAUAUAUUGUGUCAUUUCCUGUGAUGGAGCAGAAAAAGAUAUUAGCAGCCAGAUUAUGAGCCUGUCAUAAAUAUUUUAAUGAUGUUUAUCAUCUGUUCAUCCUUGUCACUGUUGCCCACUUCUGAGAAUGGUCUUAGUGGCACCUGUUAGUAAAAAUGAGGAAAAGAAUCCUGAAAUAUUAUCUCCAUCUCUGUUUAGGUAAAUAUCAGUGGCCUUGCCAUACCCAGCACAACCUCAGCUCAGCAGUGGGGCAGGUUGCAGUACCUUUAUUCCCAGGGGGAAGUCAUGCUUUUUGCAGUUCAGCUGAUGAAGUGAAGUGCCAUUUAGGAUGUGUAAGAGUAGUAAAUUUUGGCUGAACACGGUGCAUGCGAUUAGGGACUGCUCUUUGGAGAGGGCAGGGGAGGGUCAGACCUGCAUUAAUGUGAAAGCUGUGAAAGCUUCUUGUGAGUGCUGCAGAAUGGCAGCUCCCAGCUCAGAGUGGAGAUUUCUGCAUGGUGGGUUGGUGUUUUCUGGUCAGAACAGG